AUGGCUAGGAAGAGAAAAGCUAACAAUAUUGAAGGUGAAAGCAACAUGGGUAGCAAUUGGGAUGAGAUGGUGAAGGAGGCUGCAGAAGUAGCAGCUCUUGGAGGAACCCGGAGAGCUCGAAAACGGUUUGUCGGAGUCCGGCAACGGCCUUCAGGCAGAUGGGUAGCAGAGAUUAAGGAUACUAUACAGAAAAUUAGGGUUUGGUUGGGGACUUUUGACACUGCUGAAGAAGCAGCCAGGGCUUAUGAUGAAGCUGCUUGUUUGCUUAGAGGUGCUAAUACAAGGACUAAUUUUUGGCCUUGUGCUUCAUCUUCAUCUCCUGCUCUUCCUUCAAAGAUCACUAACCUUCUUCUUCAAAGACUCAAAGCAAGAAACAACCCAUCUCCUCAAUUUGAUUCUGCUUCUAAUUCAUCUCCACCCAUUAACCAGAACCAACUGCAGCAAAGCCCAGUACAUGAAGAACUAAACCAUAAUCAUCAUCAUCAUUUCUCAGAGACCUUCACUGAAGAUUUCCUUGAUCUCCCGGAUGAUUAUGUCCCCUGCAAUGAUGAUUACAUAAGUAACACUAACAGUAAUCUUACUCCUGCAAACAGUUUUGAUUACAACAGUGCAAGCUUUGAGUCAAGUUUACUGACUGAGAAAGAACCAGAAGUGGGUUCUACUCAAAGUGACGGUCUUGAGAUUGAAGAAGAAGAAGAAGAAGAAGAAGAAGAAGAAGAAGAAGGGAUCGAUUUUGGAUUCAUAGAUGAAAUAGGAAGCGGUUGUUACAGCUACUCAGCUUUUGAGAUUGCAGAGGAGAUUGAAAAACCUGGUGGGAACUGCUUGGAUGCAGAAGCAGGAUUAAUGCAGCUUAGAGAUGAAAUGGAGAGGAUGAACUACGAAAGAAAGUUCUCAGCCUCACUGUAUGCUUUCAAUGGGAUAUCAGAGUGCUUAAGACUGAAGCUUGGAGCAGGAAAUUUGAAUGGAAGAAGAAGGUCCGAACAGUUAAUAACGAAGCUUCAGAAUGCAUGUAAUGAGAAGAACAAGAUGGAGGAGGAAGAGAAGAAAUUAGCAAAAGAAGAUGAUGAAGUGAAAUUGGAGAAGAAGAUUACAGAAAGUUCAUCAAUGGAUACACACUCUUCUUCUUCUUCUUCAUUGAACAGCGAUGGUGAAUUAUGGGGCUCACUUGAUCUACCUCCAAUCUGUUUUGUUAACUAG